UCCUCUUACUCUCUUCCCCCCUCUCUCUUGCUUUCUCUGAAAGUUUCUGGUGAGGAAAGGAGAAGACGUUUGGAUGAUUUUGACUCCUCCAUCAGUGUCCUCUGGGGAAGACAUCAGUCGUGGCGUAUAGCAUCUUCUCUUAUCACUGAGUCCAAUGGAUACAUUGUUUGGCCUGCAUUUCAGACGGAAAGCCUGUGAGCCAAGCGGACCCAGGCUCUCCAGCGUGUCACUUCCAGCGAGUAAAGCACGCCGGCGCUCCAGCGUGGGCCUGCCGUCAGCUGGCCUGGCUCAGAGACGCAGGUCUAGCUCUCAGCUCCAAACCAGCAACGUGCCGACGGGAGUCAUUCAACACAGAAGAGGACACUUCACCAGAAGGAGGUCGAGCGGUGCAACAGCCUGCCUGACCCCACGGUUCGCUAUACGACGAAGACAGGCUGCCAAACACCGUAGCAUUCACGCCCAGCUCCUGGGACCAUCACUGCUCUUGGCUAGCGUGGUGCAAAUGAGUGAAGAUCAUGAAACUGAGAAUAAGAGUGCAGAAGAAUACUCCUCUCUCUCUGAUAGUGACUGUAGCCAGGAGGAGCACAAGCAAGCAGGGAUGGACUUAGAGUUGGAGUCUGAUAAGUGUAUGAUGUGGUUGGCUCAGGGUUUGAUGCCAGGAGAAAGUAUUCAGCCCCGUCCCCUCAUCCGUGCCCCACGUUGCCUGAGGCGAAACUCCUCACACCUACUUCCUGCUGAAGCCAUUUACCGGAGCCCAGGCUCUUAUGGGCUGUACGGCCGUUACCGUAGGACCAGUCAGGCACAGGGCCUGUCUGAUGUAGGUGGAUUGUGGGCAGGGAGGCGAAAUUCUCUUGCAGGUCCAGGAUCAGUUGCACUGUACAGGACGAGCUCCCCUUGCUGGCCAGAUCUCAGUCUUUCACACACACGGCAGGGAACUUACUACAACCCACAGAUUGACACAUGGAGUGCAUUCCUCUCGAAGGCCAUUGCCAAGUCCGGUCUCCAGCACCUGUCAUGCCAGCCCAGUGCUGCAGUGUUGGCUAAGGGGGAAACGGACAGAGAAAUACGCAGCACAGUGGACUGGAGUGAAUCAGCUCUGUACGGAGAGCACAUCUGGUUUGAGACUAAUGUCUCUGGGGACUUCUGUUACGUCGGAGAACAGCACUGUUACGCCAAGUCCCUGCAAAAGUCUGUUGCUCGGAAAAAAUGUGCCGCUUGCAAGAUCGUAGUUCACUCCAUCUGCAUUGAACAGCUGGAAAAGUUAUUGGACUGGAAUGCUCUGCCCCAAGGGGAGGGGCUUGAUGAGGUGCCUCUCAAAGACCCAUCAUUCAGAAUAAACUUCAGAUGUAAACCAUCUUUCAGGGAGUCAGGUUCACGGAACAUCCGGGAACCAGCGAUAGUGCGACACCACUGGGUCCAUCGGAGAAGACAAGAGGGCAAAUGCAAACAGUGUGGAAAGGGGUUUCAGCAGAAAUUUGCCUUUCACAGUAAAGAGAUUAUAGCCAUUAGCUGCUCCUGGUGCAAACAAGCAUAUCAUAAUAAGGUGACAUGCUUUAUGCUGCAGCAGAUAGAAGAACCGUGUUCAUUAGGAGCACAUGCCGCCGUUAUAGUACCUCCUACCUGGAUCAUACGGGUUCGCAGACCUCAGUCCUCACUAAAGUCAAGCAAAAAGAAGAAACGAACGUCUUUCAAACGCAAAUCCAGCAAGAAAGGAGCAGAGGAGGCUCGAUGGAAGCCCUUCAUUGUGAGACCAAUUCCCUCUCAACUCAUGAAGCCACUGCUGGUGUUUGUAAACCCAAAGAGUGGAGGAAACCAGGGAGCUAAAAUCAUCCAGUCCUUUCUGUGGUAUCUGAACCCUCGGCAGGUCUUUGAUCUCAGUCAGGGGGGUCCUCAGGAAGGGUUUGAUGUGGGCUGGAUUUUGUCCGCUCUUGAUCAGCUGCAGCUAAACCCUUCUCCUGCUGUGGCAGUACUUCCUCUGGGCACGGGAAAUGACCUCGCUAGGACGCUAAACUGGGGUGGGGGUUACACAGAUGAACCUCUGAGUAAAAUCCUGUCUCACGUUGAGGAUGGGAAUAUUGUGCAGCUGGAUCGAUGGAAUCUUAUUGUGAAGCCCAACUCAGAGGCGGGGUCAGAGGAAAGAGACGAGCAGGUGACAGACAAGCUCCCUUUGGACAUCUUCAAUAAUUACUUCAGCCUUGGGUUUGAUGCUCAUGUGACUUUAGAGUUCCAUGAAUCCCGAGAGGCCAACCCUGAGAAAUUUAACAGCCGAUUCAGAAACAAAAUGUUCUAUGCAGGGACAGCGUUUUCUGAUUUCUUGAUGGGCAGCUCCAAAGACCUGGCUAAACACAUUAGAGUGGUGUGUGACGGCACAGAUUUGACCUCUAAAGUCCAGGAUUUGAAGCUGCAAUGCCUGGUCUUCCUCAAUAUCCCCAGGUACUGUGCGGGCACUAUGCCAUGGGGCAAUCCAAGUGAGCAUCAUGACUUUGAGCCUCAGCGUCAUGAUGAUGGCUGCAUUGAGGUCAUUGGGUUCACGAUGACAUCACUGGCCACGCUGCAGGUCGGAGGUCACGGUGAGAGGUUAAAUCAGUGUCGUGAAGUCACCCUCACCACCUUUAAGCCAAUCCCCAUGCAGGUGGAUGGCGAGCCUUGCAAACUAGCUCCAUCUGUUAUUCACAUCUCCCUGAGAAACCAGGCCAACAUGGUGCAGAAAACCAAGAGACGCACAUCAAUACCACUGCUCAAUGAUAGUCAGCAGCCAUUUCCAGAACGAUUACGGAUCAGAGUGAACCGUAUCAGCAUGCAUGACUAUGAAGCUCUGCACUACGACAAGGAGAAACUCAGAGAAGCUUCAAUUCCACUAGGUCUCAUCGUUGUCCCGGGAGACAGUGAUUUGGAAACCUGCAGAGCUCACAUCGAGAGACUACAGGAGGACUUUGUGUCGUGUCACCCAUCUCUGCAGCGGCUGGUGCUCCAGGAAGGUGACGGGACUAAAUCGAAGGCUUUGUCAUCUCAGAGGCUGUCGCCAAAAUGGUGCUUUCUCGACUCUACAACAGCGGAUCGAUUCUACAGGAUUGAUCGAGCUCAAGAGCAUCUUAACUACGUGACUGAAAUUUCUCAGGAUGAGCUGUUCGUUUUGGACCCAGAGCUGGUUGUCACAGAGACGGUCAGCACAUCGCCAGGCAUGCCAGACCUGGUGGACUCCUCUGGUGAUGCCCCGUCUGAUCCACGUAAAUUUGCCUUCCCAUCAUCCUCUUCUUCUCCACCAAACUCACCUGGACCUAGGGUUGCAGAGCUCCAAAGGAAGCGUGUUUCCAGUGACAGUUCUGUGGCAGAAGCACUUGCACACAGUGACUCGCUCAGAUCAGCCAAACCAGCUCUCAGCAGGGUGGGGGGUGUUCAUCGCUCAAAUACAACAGCAGCAGAUUUCAAACCUACCAGCAGGUUUGAGAAGAACAACCUGAUCAAUGCGAACUCUGUGUCAGCUGACAAUCUAAUUGAAUGUGUUAAGAAGAAGGACCAUCAGAAGUUGAAGGAGCUGCAUAAGAAGGGGGCAGACCUGUGUGUGCAGGACCCUGUGGGCCACACCCUACUCCACUAUGCUGUGGAAGUGGGAAGCAAGGAGAUCGUCAGAUACAUCAUUGAUAAUGCACCCACCGAUAUCCUGGAUGUAACAGAGAGAGAGAAUGGAGAGACGGUAUUGCACAAAGCAGCCUCGUUGUGUCAGAGGACAAUCUGUCAUUACCUAGUGGAGGCGGGAGCAUCGCUCAUGAAGACAGACUUACAGGGUGACACUCCAAAGCAUCGUGCCGAGAAGGCGAAAGAUCCAGAACUUGCGGCGUAUCUUGAGAACCGCCAGCACUACCAAAUGAUCCAGCGUGAGGACCAGGAGACUGCAGUUUGACCUUUAACCUCUCACCCCUCCACCUCAACCGGUGUCCUCCUUUUUGUGCCAAAACAACAGUAACCAAAAAUGUAUCGCUAAACCCAUCGCAGGCUCUCAUGACUGCACGGUGGUGAUACAUUCCCAGAGAGGGGGAGAUGGUCGCACACUUUACCGUCUCUGAAGAGGUCCCAAGCUUUGGUCAUCAUUCUCUGAAUGACCUGUUGGACUUAAUGCACUGCCAAAACAUCUUAGAGUUUGUAUGUAUGCGACAGAAUGCAUUUCCCUCAAUGUUACUGCACUCAUCAAGCUUGCUUUUCUAGUAUGACAAUGCUGAAUGUUCAAUGAAAUACAGUGAGGAUUUAAAGAUGCAUGGGCUGGUGAGGACAGUGCUGUGUCUGUCUCCAGAGUUAUCACUGUCUGUAUAAGUGUACCUGGAGCGUUUACCGUAGCCCUGGCUCCACAGCUAGGUUUAGUAUUGCUCUGUUAUGGCUGAGCGUUAAUCUGGUUAGUGGUCCAGAACAUGAACCAGAACCGGAAACAACAUUUCGGUUAGCGGAGUUAUUUCCUAAUAACAUUAGAGCCAUUAAAUGAUAUUAUGUUAAUGUAUAAUGUAACUUUCUAGAUUCCCCUGCACUGAAAGUGUUCAGGUUGGUUCAAAGAUAGGAAUGUUUUCUGGGGUCUUGGUUUGAAGUAUCAGAACCAUUUAGAUAUUUUUCAGGCGUGUUAUUGGAAGGAUUUAGCAUUUUCAUAGAUUUCUGUGCUGUUUCUAACAUUAACAUGUUAAUAACAUUCGGUACUGUAAAUGUAUGCGAGUAGCUUUCUGUUUAAGAGGCAUUUGCACUGUAGCUUUGAUUGCCUUCUUUAUUCUAUACUCUGGAUUUAUAAUUGAUGUACUAAAAUAUAGCUUCUUUCCUACAAUAUUUUUAAGUAACUAGAUGUUUAUAUAAUUUGUAGCUAUAAAAGAUGUUGUCAUGUUUGUAUUAUAAAACUCUGUAAAUUAGAUUUUGGUU